AUGUCGCAGACCGUCUCGCCUAGCUCACCGGGUCCGUCGGCCGUCUCGCCGUCCAAGCCUCAAGCGAAAGCUGCACGCGGCACGUCGAUCUUUCCCACAGCCCGAGUUGCACGCAUCAUCAAGGCGGAUCGCGACGUCGACAUCUGCUCCAAGGAAGCGACUUUCCUCAUUAGCGUUGCCACCGAGAUUUUCCUCAAGAGACUCACCGACGAAGCAUAUACAAAUGCAAAGCUGGACAAACGCAAAAACGUCUUGUACAAGGAUCUAUCGCGCGCAGUACAGCAGAACGAGUAUCUCGAAUUUCUAAAGGAUGCCAUCCCGACACCAGUGGCGCUGUCCACCGCGUUGGAGGCCAGACAGCAAAAGUCUCAACAGAGACAGUUGGAGGAGGAGAUGAUUCUGGAAGGAACGUUGCAGCAGGAUGAUGAAGACGAGCAAGAAGAAGAAGAAGAAGAAGAAGAAGAAGAGGACGAGGAUGAGGAUGAGGACGAGGAUGAGCAAGAGCAGGAGCAGGAGCAGGAGCAGGAGCAGGAGCAGGAGGAUGCUGCUGAAGAAGAAGCUACGGACGAUCACGCUGAUCAGGACCGAGCAGAAGAACAAGAUGUGCCCGCAGACGACCAUUCCACUCGAGCGGUGCGCGUCAAAACAAGCUCGAAGAAAUCUGCUCCCAAAAAGAGCAAGUCGAGGUCCAAAUUCACCGACUCCCAAGACGACGUCCAGAUGCUCAACGACACGGACCAAGAUGACCAAUAG